CAACUUGCAUAAUAUAUUGUCGUGAAAAAAUCCUCAGCUAGUAGUUGCUAAAGCGUACAUUUGAGCGAAACACAUCUGCACUCAAGGCGGAUUUCCUGGAGGCGGGCUGGUAAUCUGCAUGAGACAGAAGCUCUCCAUAGUUUUCAGGCAGCUCUCCUCCAAUCGCUGGUUCCUCGUUUCGUCGCCAUGGCCGUCCACGUGAGCCGCCUACCGUCACUUCCCCCGUGCGCGUCCGCUUCCCCUCCGCCUCCCCCCACGCCCCUCCUAUGCGCGCAGUCCGCGUCUUCUCGCAUCUCCGCCGUCCGCUUUCCAUCGGCGCCUGGGCACGAUCGAGGAUGUACCGCUCGCGGCGGCGGCGGGCGGGAGGGAAGCAUUAGCAGCGGCGGAUCGAGCCGCAAGCGCGCCGCCGCAAUCGUAGCGGGAGCCGCCGCGAAUCGGGUAGGCGGGCAGGGUGGCAGCGGCGGCGGCGGCGGCGAAAGCUUUGACGGUAGUGACGGCAGUGCCGCGAGCAGAAGCAAUGCGGGCCGAAAUAACGGCGCGGAGCGGAUCGAUGCUAGCGCGGACCGCCUGGAAGAUCUAGAGGCCGUGGAUCGACUAGCGCGCGAGCUGGCCGCCGCAGCAGCAGCGGGAGAGCCGGGGAACGAGGGUACUAGGGGCAGCGCGGCGAAGGAGGAGGAGGAGGAGGAGGAGGAGGAGGAGGAGGAGGAGGAGGAGGAGGAGGAGGAGGAGGAGGAGGAGGAGGAGGAGCGACAGGCGGGCAGGAAGACGACAGGGCAGGUCGGUCGGGGGCAAGACGAGGCGGACGGAGCGGUAGCGGGGACGGCGGAGGGUUGGGGGGAGACGGGGGAGAGGCGGGGCGGGGAGAAGGACGGGGCGGAUGGGCUGGAUGGGGCGGAUGAGUCGGCGUCGUGGAUCGGAUCGACUGUAGCAUUCGCGGAGGAGGACGACCAGGGCCGCAAGUACCUGGAGGUGCUGGUUACCAGUGUGCAUCGCGUCGACCACGGCAUGGUGGUGGGCGUGCUGUGUUCGCCGGCCAACAGGGGUCCGCCAGUGGACGCGUGUCGCGAGUUCCCGCUCUUCCUCAACGCCCUCAUUGCAGCGCCCUGCCACGACGCCAUGCAGCGCGGCGGCCUGCCCAAUGCGCUGGAGGGGCUUGAGAGGUUGAACGACCUCGACUUGCAGCGGACACUGGUGCAUGCUUUUAACGAGGAUGUGGGGGCGGUCUCGUUUGUGCUGCUGGAUGAGAAGACAGGGGAGAUUAGACGCGUGGACUCCUCAUUCCCACAGGCCAUGGCGCUUGCACUGCGGUACCGGCAGCCGUUGCGGGUGGAGCGGCGGUGCAUUCUGGCGUCGAAUCGAGACUUCAUCGAGCGCAUGCUGCUCAACCCCAUCGCACGAGAGGCGGACAAUGAUGCAUCGUUGCUGGCGGAUUUGGCGCAGCGCAUGCGAGAGCUGGAGAUGAGACCGCUUGAGCUCAAGGCCCAAUUAGACGCUGCUAUCAGCGCAGAAGAGUACGAGCGCGCUGCCCAGCUCAAGGCAGCACUUGUGGCGGAGGAGCGGGUGGCGGACGCGCGGCUCUUCUCGCUGCUGGCUGAAGUGAAGCGCCUCUACCUAGACCGCGUCUCCGUCUUCUUCAAACUCUAGCAUGGCACAGCUGCAGCGAAAUGGUUGCAAGACCUGAACCGCCUGCCGAAAGUAGCUUAGUGGAUAGUUUCGUCAGUUCAUCAUCAGUAGUUUCUCACCACAUUGAAAUGCUCGAGGGUUUGAUGACAAAAAAACAAACCUGAUAUUA